AUGCAGUUCGUAUCAUAUUUUCUAUUUUCUAUUAUUAUUUCACUUAAUUUUUCAUUUGUACGAUCAAAAAAAGCAGUUGAUGAACAACAUUGUGAAGUAUGUAUUAAAACUAUAAGUACGUUUGCUGAUACAUUAAAUGAUGAAGAUAAAUCUAGCGUGGAAAAAAUAGAAAACGCAUUUAAAAAAUAUUGUAAAAAAGUUAAAGUUGAUUCAAAAGAACAUCGACUGUGUUAUUAUACUGGAGCAUUAGAAACAUCAGCUACUUAUGCUCUUGGUGAUUUAUCUAAACCACUUUCAUGGGGUAUACCUGUAGAAAAAAUUUGUCGAGAAAGACUUUUUAAAACCAAUCCACAAAUAUGUGAUUUAAAAUAUGAAAAACCAAUUGAUAUCAAUGGUGUAGAUUUAAAUAAACUUAAAGUAAAAGAUUUGAAAAAAGUCUUAACUGACUGGGGUGAAGCUGCUGAUUUCGUUGAAAAAUCAGAUUAUAUUAGACGUAUUAAUGAAGUUAAAGAUAAAUAUGUCAAAUCAACAACAGAUACAAAUAAAAAAGAUUUGUGA